UGAUCGCCACGCCCCCUGGGGGGAUGUAUAAAAGUGUCUGACGACGUCGCUUGCCGCACCGGAGGACAGACAGGCGAGCAGACGACAACAUCAAACAUGGCAGGGUUUCGUGGCUUGCUGGCGUUGACGGUUCUUAUGGUGGGAGUAUUUGCACAACGUGACCUCCCUCCAGAGUUCGACCAGACUCUGCCAUCCUGUCGUGAGAAAGAGGCUGACAUCUUCUUCAUCCUGGACUCCUCCAGCUCCAUCUACAUCGAGGACUACGAACUUCAGCGACAGUUCGUCAGGGAGGUGAUCAACCGACUGGACGUGUCCUCACGGAGUACACGCGUCGGAGCCUUGACCUUCAGUGAUAAUUACCGGGUGUCCUUCACCUUGGGCGAGUACCAAAACAAGGACGACCUGCGUAGCGCUAUCAACGACAGGAACGUCCCCUACCUCACAGGCCUUACCAACACCGCCGACGCUAUCAGAUAUGUCCGGACAAAUGGUCAGUUCCGUCCCGAUGUGACCCGGGUCAUCGUUGUGGUGACUGAUGGGUACUCACGUCAACCCGGAGCCACCAGGAACGAGGCUGACACGGCAAGGCGAGAGGGCUACUAUAUGUUUGUCAUCGGCGUCGGACAAUACACGGACGAGAGAGAAUGGAGAGCCAUUGCCAACGACCCCGACUCCAGCUUCAUGUUUAACAUCACCAACUACAGGGGCCUCGACAGACUGUACAGCACUAUUCCCAACAGCAUCUGCGGACUCCCGCCUAUCAUCCUCAACAGCAGAGUCUGCGGUGUUCGUGAGGACGCCGAUCUCAUCUUCGUCGCCGGACCAUCAGAGGCAGACAACGCCUUCAGCAUCGUCAGCAACAUGGUGAACGCCCUCCGUGACGACCGUAGUCGACUGCGCCUGUCCCUGCUCCUCGGUUCCUGCCGAGCUAACGAAGUUCCUCUCUCAGACCCCUCCCUCUUCUGCAGCAACUUCGGCGACCCAACCCCUCGCCAGGAUUCCUACACUAACCUGCUGAAGGACAUGCGGAACGAGGCCCGAGACGCCAGAGGCACAAGACCACAGGCUAACCAGGUCGCCAUAUUGUUCCUUGGGCAGCAAACCAUGGAGCUUAGCAGAUUCGACAUUCUGCGUCAAGCCAGGGACGCCCAGUUCGACGGCAUUGAGACAUACGUUGUCGACCUUGGCGUCGUGACCAACUCGAACUUCCUGUCGAGUAUCGCUUCGAGCAGAGAUAACGUCCUGUCGACCAGUGGUCCCGGGAACCUGGAGAACAUCCUUCUCAACAAAGUCUGUGACACUCUAAAUGAAAUCUCAAACCCUCUGCCAACUCUUCCCCCAUCCUAAAUAAAGGAUCACAUCUUGUACAGUGAAGUGUACAUGGGAGUACAGGAAAAGUUAUCGCCCCUUGAUCACCCGACCACCAGAGGGCGUAUCCGGAAAGCAGGGUUGGAUCCGUCUGUGUACCCUUUGCUACAACGACACUGAAAGUUAAUACUGUGGGACAAAAUAUUUCAGAAUGGGUCUUAGAAUGUAAAAAUGUCAAGUUUAUGUUGUCAUUAAUAGUAUUCAUAUGUUUUAAAUUUGGACGGUCAUCACGAGGGACAAAUCGCAUUAUUGAAAUGAUGCAGAAUGAGAGUGCUAUUUUUGUACAAUAAAAUUUGAUGUACCAUU